AUGUCGGGAAUGGGAUAUAUAAUGCAGCAGCCAUACGGAAUGCCACAAUUUGCCGGAUGGCAAGCACAAAUGCAAAAUAUGGGUGCACCUAUGAUGAGCUAUUUUCCUGGUUUUGGAUUACAAGUGCCACAAUAUGCUAUACAUCACUUGGCAGCACCAAGUACAGCUAGACAGCUCUCGCCAUCGGCAUACCAGGGUGUACCUGGAACUGGGAUAUCAAAUUAUCAAAUGCUAGAUCAGUUCCCUACACCAAAUGUAGCACACAUGGGACCGGCAGAGGAUAAUUCAAACAAUAUUCUAGUGGGAUAUGGAGGAUCCCAUCUGAAGUUGUUACCAUGCCUGGAUGACCCAUUUGGAAUACCUACAUAUCAGAUCCAGACUUCCACGCCAACUGCUAAAGGUAAACAGGGAAGAAGACGGUCAUCCGAUAGCAAGAAAGCACAAGGGCCAACUGCUCCACAAGGUACGAGAAAUGCUAAUUCUGAUUCAAGGACGCCAACACGUACUGCACCUUCAACCAACGAGAAUUCGUUUGCACAAUCACCGACCCCCGUAAAUCCUCCGGUAUUGCCUUAUGCACCAUCGUCGCGACCAGCUACCACCACUCCGUUGACACAAACACGGGCCACACAGCAGCAGCAACAACAACCCAAACAACGGAGAAGAGCUGCUCCAUCGGUAGCACAUGGUGAACAUAAUGUUCCACAUCAUAAAUCCAAAAUGUUAUUGUCACGAUAUGAGGACCGAAAGAUUAUAGAUGAAGAAUUUGAACAAUUGUAUGACCGGAUGCCAGAUAAUCCAGAUGAGGUAAUAGCAAUGGCCAAGCCUCAUAUCGAGGUAGAGCUUGACUACUUAACAUCGCUGGGAGGGGUUUACACUGACUUCUGCGAUGAAACAGAAGCUUUACUGCGAAGAAUAGAAGUUGCACAGAAAAAAUUGGCAGAACUGCACUCAUCCAUGGGAAGGAACAUCCCAAACAAACAACAAGAUCCCAUAAAAGUACACGAACUAUCGGUAUGGGACCCUGUACUCAAGGAGAUGCACGAUUUCCAAGAUUUGGUCUGCUAUGAACAUCGUGAAAAACGACGAAGGUUCAAAUCACUCUCAGUUGCUGCACAAAAACAGGCCGUUAGGUUCGACGGUAAAAAGAUGACGGUGGAACAUGAUGAUGUAAAGCAGAAACGACUUGUGUGUAAAACCGUAGCUAACGGUGUUGCAAUCUACUGGAAGAAGAUCGAAAGGUUCGCAUGGGAACGUAUGAAGAGAGAGUUGCAAGCAACGCUUAUUGAAAAGAAACGCAUGAGAUUGGAUAAGUUUGUUGAAGAUGCAAUCAAACUCUCCAUUACAAAGAAUGACAAUGUCAAACCCGGAACCAAAACAAAGAAGGAUAUAGUGGCUGCUAAACGUGAUAAUGAAGAUCAAGAGUCUGGUGUGAAGACAGAAACUGAUGUGGAUGAAGCAGUAUCUGGACCUUCGAAGUCUACAGUGAAAUCUGAGACCAAGGGUGAGGUUAAAACCGGGGCUGUUGACGAAGACGAGUUCGUUGUUUCAGAGGAGAUGAAACGAAUGGAACAUGACGAUGCAGUUCUCGAUAUUGCCAUGGAGAAAGAGGAACAAGAUGCCGAAUCUAAAGGAGAUCACAAGAAGGAGCUGAACGCACUAGAGGAUGAUAUGAACGUCCCUAUCGAGGAGAUACUCAAACGGUACCGUGAAGAUGCAGAGAAAUACCAACAAGAACAUGGUACUGUCGAAGAGUCGGAAGAAGAAUCUGAUACGUCUUCAGUAUAUAGCGAAGUUUCAUCUGGUGCAGAUCAAGGCAGCGAUAAUGAGCAAGUUGAGUCGAAACCGCUUGCAACAACGCGAAGCAAGCGUAAACGUCCUGAAGUCCAAGAUACAGAACUCGGUGACAACGCGGAAGAUCAAGAGGCAGAGUUCACUCUGGCUGAUAAGAUGUUCAAGGAGCAGGAAGAUGAAGACAAAGAUCUGGACGAGGCUAUUAGUGAUGAGCAUUCGGACAACGAGGAUGGCAAAAAGGAACGUGCCAAGGAAAUAACCGCAUUGGAAGAGGAAGCUAAUAUGCCAAUUGAGGCGCUUAUUGCAAAGUACAGGGAAUCUGGUGGUUAUGAUGAACAGGGUGAUGACGAUGUGUAUGAGGGCUCCACAGAAGAGAGUGAUGCUAGAUAUCAGUCAGAUGCUGAUGUCGAGCGUACAGGUCUAUCGGAUGAAGAGCAAAAUGAUGCAUCCGUUUCAGCAUCUGAUCAGGUACAGGUACCUCCACUUAUAAAGGCGGUACUACGACCGUACCAGCUUGAGGGUUUACGAUGGCUUGCAUCUUUAUAUCGCAAGGGAUCGAAUGGUAUUCUAGCUGAUGAGAUGGGAUUGGGUAAAACAUUACAGACUAUUGCACUGUUGGCACACCUGGCGUGUGAUCAUGGUAACUGGGGACCUCAUCUUAUUGUAGUUCCAACAUCAGUACUGCUCAAUUGGGAAAUGGAAUUCAAAAAAUUCUGCCCAGGGUUCAUGAUACUCUCGUACUACGGGUCACCAACUGAAAGAGCAAAGAAACGUAUCGGAUGGAACAGGGAAUAUGCCUUUAAUGUUUGCAUAGCUUCAUAUGCGACGGUUGUCCAGGAUGCAUAUAUUUUGAAACGUAAGAGCUGGGUGUACAUGGUUUUGGAUGAAGCUCAAAAUAUCAAAAACUUCAAUUCAAAACGAUGGCAAACACUUCUUACGUUCAAUACCCAAGGUCGACUUCUUUUGACGGGAACGCCACUCCAAAACUCACUACAAGAACUCUGGUCGCUGAUGCAUUUCAUUCUACCUGAUAUAUUUACAUCACAUACGGAGUUCAAGGAGUGGUUCAGUGACCCUUUGACGGAAUCAAUUGAACGAGAACAAAUGGGUACAACUGGUGCCAUCGCUGACUCCCAAACGUCGCAAUUGGUGAAAAAACUUCACACCGUCCUUAGACCAUACCUACUGCGUCGAUUAAAGAAAGAUGUAGAGAAACAGAUGCCCUCCAAAUAUGAACAUGUGAUAAAGUGCUACUUGUCGCGUAGACAACGGGUGCUAUAUGAUGAGUUUAUAACCAGCCGUAGCGCCGUAGAGAUCUUGAAAAAUCCAAACUACAGGUCUAUGUUGUUUGUUCUGAUGCAACUAAGAAAAAUUUGUAACCAUCCAGACCAAUUGCAGUCACGCUCAGUGGAGUCACCAUACUACGAUCCUGGGUUUAUGGAGGAUCUAAUGGUGCCAUCGAUGUUCAUAUUGCCCGAUUCUAGAAGUGAUAUGAAGCUCUAUCAUUAUGAAACUUUGUCUGUUAAACCACAAAAGCCUAGAAUGUUGCCAAUCACUUUGGAUGCCAGAGGACCUGUAGAAAGAAUUGCGUUACCCAUCUCCUUUUUGAAGUCAUUUGGAGGUUGCAAGGUACCUUUACAACAGAUAUAUCGUCCUAAUACUAACACUUAUGACGAAAAUACUCGUCAACUGCCUGUUGUAUCCAGGAUACCUGCAUCCAAGUGUAUCGCCACACGCAAAUCGGGAGGGAAACGAAAAAUAAGGUUAUCUAAUACCCUUGUAGAAAUGAUGUUAUCGUACGACCCAUAUUUACCUCUUAAGCGGGCGUGUACUUGGAGAAACGGGGUUAGUGGUACAUUUGUCACGGGAUCCGAAGCAAGCAGUGGUGUCGUGGCAUCACCAGAAAGCUCGUCCAUGAUAGGGUCUAAAAAAAUAGGUGCAAGAGUAACUUCGAGUGUCGAAAAUGAAGCCAAGAAGAUUGAUCUUGUUACACCAAAGAACACGGCCACUGAUGUUUUGCAAAAGGGGGACGGUAGGUACCCACUUCAUAUACACAAUUAUUUUGCAGAUGGUUUGAGAGAGGUUUCCUUGAGCGACGGUGAUACCUUCCAAUCCUCACGUAGCUGCCAGAAAACGCCUUCUACACUGGGAUCAAAGAUUGAUUCAUACAAUUCAGUAGUGGAAACUAUCGAUUUUCCGCCAGCAAACAUUGGGGCGGUUGGUGAAUCAGAUACUUCUGUUAUAGUGAACCGUCGCGAACUUCUUGAUGUGGAUGAUCGUUUUUUCAUAGAACGAUUUAGUAUAGAAAGGAGGCCUAAACCAAAAUCGCCAGCUUUCUGCACACUGGUACAACCUACCGUGGAUGACGUUGUGGACAAGCAUUGGUGGUUGUUGUCACGAUUUGUGUGUACCACUGGACGCAGAAUCGAAUGCAACCCAAGACGAAUUGUAACGGUGGGCCCUGGCGGAAUAGUUUGGAAUCGUCGACAAGAAAUCACAAUAGAGAGGGUACAAACCAAAUUGUUGCACCGUUCGUCUUUCAAGUAUUUCAAGGGUUCAAAGCAUACCAUUGAACAUGUUAGGGGUAUGCAAAAGGUUCUAUUUCCUCCUAGAAGCCUAUUACAUGACGACUGUGGGAAAUUCCUAGUACUGGGUCCUUUGCUGAAAAAGCUGAAGAGCGAGGGGCAUCGAUGCCUGCUAUAUACACAAUUUUCCAAGAUGUUAGAUAUUUUGGAAAACUGGAUUAACUACAUGGGGUUCACAUAUGUUAGAUUAGACGGGUCAACAAAGGUCGAUAUGAGACAACGUAUAGUCACGCGUUUCAACGAGAAUGCCAAGAUAUUCUUGUUCAUAUCGUCAACCAGGGCCGGAGGUGUAGGUCUAACGUUAACAGGUGCAGAUACUGUUAUUUUCUACGACACAGAUUGGAACCCUGCCAUGGAUAGACAAGCUAUGGAUCGUUGUCAUCGUAUCGGCCAGACCCGGGAAGUGAAUGUAUACAGGUUGAUUAGUGAGCACACUGUUGAAGAGAAUAUUUGGCGCAAACAAUUACAAAAACGUAGAUUGGAUGAUAUUGUUGUGGAUAAGGGGCACUUUGACACCGAUACCCAUAACUGGUUCUCUAACGUAAAUACACUCAUGAAUAUUCUGAAAGAACAGACUGGUGAUGGCCCCUCCAGCUCUGUCGAUCAGGAGGAUAUCUACGGUAGGCAAGUGUUACAUGAAUCCGAGGCACCUGAGGUUGACGCGCCCGGGGGGCAUGGUCCUCCUCCAAGGGUUGUCAACAUGCUAGCUGAAGCAGAAGACGAAGAUGAUGCUACCGCUUUAAUGAACCGUAGGAAAGAGGUUGGAACUGGUAACAAAGAUUUCCAAGAUUUCACGGGCGAUAUCAUAUCGACAAUGCCAGCUCUUGUCGCAUAUUCCAUCAAACUGCUUCUCAACUAUCUGACGCCGACACUUAUCGCACAACGUGAUGAGAUGAGGCUCAAGAUUAAAGUAGAGACUCUUGAUUCUACCUAUGAAGAUGAAGGAUCGUCAGAAGAGUCACAGUACAUGUCAGGAUCUGGAUCAGAAUCCGAACUGAGUGGCGAGUAG